AUGGAGCAACGACCGUCGGCACAGGGUCGGCCGGGCUAUGGCGACUAUGAUCCAUACCUUCAACACCACGGGCCCGAGCACGGACGGCAGCAAGGGAACAACAGCGGGUGGGAUGCGAUAGCGCCAACGCCGGACCUCGACUCGCCAGCAUCCCCGCCACAACGCUCUCAAGUUUCCUUUGCGCCUAUGCCCUCCAGCACGGGCCUGGGCAUCGAAGCCACAGACGGGAUCGCGCAGGUUCCGGCGAGCUAUAAUCACUAUUAUGCAGUCACUCGGGACUCGCUCGAGCAGGACAGCGACAGCCCGUCAACCUCUCCACCGCCGGUUCACCCGACGUCCAAGUCCAACUUUGCGGUCCACGAGUAUCCCGUCGCCGGCCAGGAUGGAGCCCCAUACUACUCCUACUACCACCACCACCACCACCCCCCGUACUACCAUCACCCAUAUGACAGCGCAGCGCCGCCACCUGAUGGCCCCGGGAGCUCUCUCCUUGACCGGUUUGCCAACUCAACCGGGUGGAGGAUGGCAUCGGGCGGGUGGCCCAUGUACCUCAUGUUCUUCCUCGGGCUCGCCUUCGCCGUCGGUCACCACGCUUUCUACACCAGCCUUGACGGGAAGCCCGCCGACGACCAGAUCCGCAUGAUGCGCUUCGGCGGUUUAUUGUCCUAUGCCGUCAAGGCAUCUCUCGUGGCCGCCGUCAUCUUCGCCUAUCAGCAGCAGAUCUGGGUGACCGUCAUCCACAACACGCUGCGACUCCGGACCAUCGACUGCUUGUUCGCUGCGGCGAGCGAGCCGCAGUCCCUGCUGAACUGGGAGUUCAUCAAGAAGGCUCGUGUAGCCGUGUGCCUGGCCGCUCUAGCAUGGCUCUUUCCCCUGACCGUCAUUCUUACUCCGGCCACCUUGACAGUAGCUCCGCGGACCGAGGUCAAGCACGAUCAGUGCUAUGGCAUCCGCACUCUCAACUUCGAGGCCGAGAAGUGGAAGAACUGGAGGCUGCUCGACCAGCUCAACGGAUACCGGGGCCUCUCGCUCUCGCUCUGGAACAGCACCGUCGCAGACUCGGUGGGCUUGGUGGACACACCCUUCAACGAGACCUUCUUUGACUACUGGACCGAGAGCAGCCCCCAGCUGGAGCUCGUGGCGGCCCAGAGCGCCCUCACCGGCGCCGUCAUUCCCAGGCGCGACGCCGGCCUUGAGACGUGCGGCGGCGGGUGGAACUGCAGCUACGUCAUCUCGUUCAAGGCGCCGGGCUACAAAUGCUCCGAGCUGGCGAGGGGUCGGCGGCUUGACGAGGACGCGCUCAAGCGGCAGGGCGUGCCCUUCAACGCCGGCGAGCUGGCGCCUAACGGCAAUUACGGCUACUUGGCCGUGGUCGACGAGGGGGAGUAUGCCAGCAACCAGGUGGACGUCUUCCCCGGUGGUAUUCCCAAGAUGAAGCCUCCCUAUCCAAAGCAUCUCGGAGCCUUCCGGACGGAGCCCGUGCUGUGGAUCGGCUACUCGGCCCAUACGGGGCAGGGCAAGCCUCCCGAAAACCGGACGGUGCCGGGCUGGGACACGGCCUUCGAGGCCGCCGUCGUCCGCUGCGAGCACUACCUUACCAACUAUACUGUCCGAUUCAACCACACCUUCUCGGAGCAGAUCACCACAGUCCUCAAGCGGGACUACCUCCGCCCCAUCAUCAACACCACCUUCGUUCCCGGCCGGUACGCCACCGACGGGACCAAGGACAACACGACGGCGGUCCCGGAGUCCAACUACGUCCUGCCCGCCGACGUGGAAAACUACCGCGUCACGGCCGCGUACCACUCGCUCGGCAAGCGCAUGCGCGCAUACCUCGGCGGCCAGAUCCAGUACGCCCCCUACGCCAUCGUCGAGACCGACGCGUCCAAGACGCGCCUGAUCGACACCGAGACGUACCUGCCCGUGCCCAAUCUCAUCUCCGAGAUCCAGGCGUUUUACGAGAACAUGACGCUAUCGCUGCUAUCCAACCCGCAAUUCGUCAUCGUCUCGUGGGCCGCCCGGCCGGACCAGCGCAGCGGCGUCACCACCCCGGCCAGCUUCCCCGCCACCACCCCCGGCGGCGAUGACGACGACGACGACAACAACAACAACAACAACAACUCCACCCGCUUCCCAACCUACCCGUGCGUGCGCACGCGCUUGACCAACGCGUACGAGUACAAGCAGCGCGACCUGUGGGGCGCCUACGCGGCGGCGGUGGGCGCCGCCCUGUUCGCCGUCGUGCUGGGGUCGGCGGCGCUCGCGCAGAACGACUUCCGCCCGCGCGACGCCCGCGUCUCCAGCAUCGUCGCCGCCACCCGCGCCCCCUGCCUGGACGCGCUCCCCUGGGAGGGCAAGGCGAGCAAGUGGGGGAAGGUACCCGCGGAGGUCCUCGACGUCGAGCUCCGCUACGGCGUCAUCGCCGCCGGCGCCGGCGCCGGCGGUACUGCCGGUGCUGGGUAUAAUAAUAAUGGUGGUGUUGGCAGCGGCGGCGGGACCGGGCCCACUCCGAGCGUCGGGACCCCCGCCGCCUUCGCCAUGGCCGUGCCGGGCCUGUGGAUGGGCGCUGCGGCGGCGGCUGCUGCUGGCGGCAGCGGCGGCGGCGCCACGGGGCCGGGCGGACUGUUGUUGGCCGGGAAGGUGUACUACGGGUUCGCGCCGAGCGAGGUGGUCGAGAGGACCAGGGCGGCCACGUUCGGGCCGGGGAAGCCGAGGAAUCGGUUGAGCGCCUUUAGUUUCCAUAAGAACUGGCAAUAAAGACAUGAUGGAAUGGAAGGAAGGGCAUUGACUAGUUCUUUUCCCAUCUCGCCUUUAUUUUUAUUUUUUUUAUUUUUUGCUCUUUCCUCUUCUUUCUUUUCUUCUUCUUCCCCUUAUUUGGGCAUUUCUUCAUCUGUGGCCAGGUGUGACGGGCGACUGGCGUUCGUAUUCUUUGUGUUUUUGGUAGAGCACGGUGCGCAUUAAAGGGACUAGGUAUUGAUUCUCUACUUUGGAUAAUGGUUUUUAAAUCGGUAUGUAAAGAAGAUUAGGCUUGGCUCCGAUACUUCAAUUGACGUCCUCUGUAUACC